AUGCACUCUGCUUUGAACGACAUACUCGCCGUAGCGCAGGUCAUUGCGACCUGUUUCAUGACUUGGAAGGCCCUUUCACUUUGGGCCGGUACACCUUACCCGGUGAUGAUAGUCACUACCGAGUCUAUGUUUCCCGCGUUCGCCCCCGGAGACAUCUUAUUCAUCUCCAAUCACCAUCGAAACGUCGAGAUAGGUGACCUGCCAGUAUGCUGGUUACCCGAUCACGCGUUUCCAAUGAUUCAUAGGGUACUCCAGGUGUUGUACGAAGAGCAAAGCAAUCCAGAUUUGACCCAGCUCAUCUUGACAAAGGGAGACAAUAACCUCAUUGAUGAUACGUUACUGUAUCCUGAGGGCCAAGAUUACUUGUCCCGCAGCCAGAUUCUUGGGUUCGUCAGAGGCUACAUACCCUUCAUGGGGUGGUUUGUGAUUGUCCUACAAGACCUUUCACGGCUUCGGGAGUUCAUUGCCAUGUUAGGUCGCGGUAUCGGCUUGACUACUUGA